GUGCCUAAAACAUGAGAUGCUAAGGGGAAUUGGCGAUGGCUUCUGCAGUCAGCCCUUUCGGGUAAUUCGACAUGCAGGCUGACUUGCAAGUAGGGUAGGAAUAAAACCUUGCCACACGGAAAACGGCCACCAUCCCCCCCAAUGGCAGACUCUGUUAUGUAACCCACAGAUUGAUUGGAUGAUACGAACCAAAACUCCGAGAAAAAUGCCACAAGUGCUAUAGUGACGAAGUACAGGGACGCCUCGGGUUUCAAGUACGGCAGAAUUUGGGUCAGCAAAGACACGUCCUAGAGAUGCUCAGCCUCACGGAGUAGACAUUAAAAACGUGGAUACUAGCAAAAGAAUAGCAGGACAGGGGCAGAUCCGUCACUGCAUUCUCUUAUACAACGAUACCUUCUGAAUUUGACUCUAACUUUUCCCCUUCCAGAAGGAUAAUCAUGCGAUCGUGUGGGGCGGGUUCGACUAUCUGUACGACUUCUUCUAUGAGUCAAGAUGUCAAUAAACAGCAGUUGCUCUCUUCUUGUGAAGCGUGCUUUUCAUACCCAUGUAACUUAAUUCGAAGUCUCAUCUUUGAACAUGCGCUCGAGUCGUACCGCCACAAGUUGCAUGAAGAGUCAGAAAGACUAUUCAACCCGUUCCCGAGAACCAAGCUACUGAGAUUUUGGGAGACAAAUAGCGCUUGCAGUGAAUUCAAGGAAUAUACACCUAUAGAUUUUGGUAGCUUGAAGAAGCAUUGUCAAGGGAAUGACUCACAAGAUCCAGCAUGUCGCUAUAUAUUUCUCCAAUCCAAAAAUGCUAGGGCCAGGUUAGAAUUCACACAAGAAGAUUUUAACUACAUUUUAUCAUAUCAUCAAGUGAUGCCCCCUUUUCUAGAUCUCGUUUUCACCUGCGGGAGACAAGAAAAGCUCCAAGAUUUCCACUACACGGCGUUUCGACAUGAGAACUACCUACACAGAGGCGAUCCACUCUUACAAGAUAUGUCUAAGAUAACGCCACUCGGCCGCUCAGGUCGGCAAAUUCAGCAUUGUUAUAACCUUCAUUCUGCUGAACGGUCAAGAGAUAAAUGGGGAUGGUCGAUUCGUCAGACUGUGGUGUUCCACUCAUUUGACGUUGACACUGGAAGAUCUGUCUGGAUCUUCGUUAAGGGCAACGAUAUCAUAGAGAAUCGUAUCAAGACGGCAACUAGCUCGACAAGAUCUACAAGCAUGGAUGUUAAUUCUCAUCGAACGCUUACUGGGUCGUUCGACGCAUCCCUUAUAGUUCACGCUCAUAUAAUGGAAUGGUGUGGUGAACAAUGGAGAUGGUAUAUCAACGAAAUGGAAGAUCGGCUUCGGAACAAAGCGAAAAACGCAGUACUCGCUAACGUAGAUCACUUGGCUGGACCAGAGAUGGUGCCAGCGCCAAGCAGACCGGGAACUCUAAUUCUACCAAGCAGCCCUCGGAGAACUGUAUCGAAAUCAUCACCUGCUAGUAGCCCAACCAGAUUGUGGAAUUCAUUUACAAAGCGGUCAAUUGGCUCUAAGACGGAGAAGACCCUACCAGUAGUCGAAACAGACCCUUCCCGUCCCAUUCAUGCCGAUAUCAUCGUGGAAGAGCCCCAGGAGAUUGACUACGGUGGCAAUGAAGAGAGUAUAGAACGCAUGUUCUCGUUUGAAAAACUACAAGAUCUUCAUAAGACAGGAGAGUACAUGCAAGAGGCCCUGAUGGUACUAAGACAGAAUCGUAACAUCAUCAAAGAGAUUCGCGAGCAUUAUUCCACCUUGUUGGAAAGCGACGACUUUCCUGCUGAGAUUAAGGAUGGCUGUCGGCUAGGCAUGCCAGAGUUUAGUCAAAGAGCUCUUAGUAUCGAGAGAGAUCUCGAAGUACAACAGUCAAGACUAGAGACCUUGAACGUUCUAUUAGAAGAUAGAAGUAACUUGUUCUAUGGAGUUCAACAGUACGCCAGCAUGCAAGCUAGUAAACACUUUGCAACGAACGCCCAAGCUUCCACGGAAUUUACUACGGCCAUGACAGCAAGAAUGCACAUUAUGACGGAGAAAAUGCACGAGAUUGCCUUGAAAACAGGUCACCAGACAGUGUCUAUGCAUGUGAUUACUGUAUUCACACUUCUAUUUCUUCCAGGGACUUUCCUAGCCACAUUCUUUAGUAGCGGCAUACUGCGAUGGUAUGAUGAAGAGGACGAACUAGCUAAUUCGACCUAUAGUUGGGCUACGGAACACGACCGUCUACUUCUCUAUCUUGAGAUACUCGUACCAAUGACGGUAUUAAUCAUCGUGGGCUGGCUGAUCCUAUACUUAAAGUCCCGAGACAAGGACAGUGAAGAGGAAGAUGAACUUCGAACGUCCCUAGAUCUAGAAAAGGGCCCCGAGAAUCCCCAAUGAGCGAGAGGUUCAAUUCCCAGACAACUAAUGUCAGUAAAAAGAACCUAUAUAAAUCCGGGCAAUCGAUCGCAGUGUAUAAGGAAACCCACUCUGCCCUAAAAUCCAGUUUCUAGGUCUUCUACUUAGUACAGCAUUAUCAAUAGUUACUCGUUCAGUUGCUUGUUUGUGGGAACAUCUAUUACCUAAAAACAGUUAAAAGAACCCCGACCUUGCCGCCGCUAGGUCUCUGUCUGGGGACACUGUCCCCCCUGCCGUUAAACAACACCAAUAUACGCUGUCGAUUCGGUCUGUCGCGCUGUUUCUUGCGUGCUGUAUCGGCCCGUUGCUUUAGUUGUCCUUUUUCAAUAACCGCGUUUGCGUUUGUCCGUUUGUAUGAGAAUCCCAGGCUGAAUGUGGGGGAACUCGUUAUCCGCGGAAGUCUAAGGGUUUUAAAUUGUGUGUGGAGGCAUUUUGGGGGCCGUUGUGUGGGAAAGUGGUUGUUUUAGUGUGUGGUGUUGUUGCCGUCAAAAUGAGGGUUUGAUAUUAUCAGAGGUCGCCUUCCGUACUAGAUGGAGUGUACCUUGAAGGAAAGUGCGAUAGGCACUAUGAGGGGUAUUUAAGACCUUAGUCUACCUAGGCACGGCUCGAGCUUUUUCUUCCUUAGUCA